AGGGGUUAGGAGGAAAUGUCGCUUACUUGCGCACUGUGCUUCCGGAAAGGCCUUUUCCGGAGAGGUCGCUCGGGAGCUGAGGCUGACCGAGCACUCUCCCAGCAGUCUGACUCCGAGGCCAAAGGCCGGGGUCAAGGAGGAGCUUGGCUUUGUUGUGAGCGAUGGAAGCGGAAGCGGAGCCAGGAGUGUGCAGCUCUCGCUGCAGAGCUCCACACCUGCAGGGAGCAGCUCGUGCAGAGAGAGGAGGAGAUCGCCAACCUGAAGGCGGAGAGAAACAACACCAGGCUGCUGCUGGAACAUUUGGAGUUGCUCGUCUCCAGGCACGAGAGAGCUCUUCAAAAAACAGUCAUACGGCGACAGGCGAAGCCUCCGGCCGGCGUGUCCAGUGAGGCGGAGGUGCUCAAGGUGCUCAACUCCAUAUUGGAGAAGGACAAGACCGAGGCUGAAACGGUGCAGAGCCAGAUGAAAGAGCUCCUGGCUACCCUGUGCACUCUCGUGGCCAAGCUGGAAGAGGACCUGGACGUCUCCAGGAAAGACCUCAUCCUUUCGGAAGCAAUGAACACCAUAUUACAAAGAGAUGUCCGUGAAGCCACGGCCCAGAAGGAAGACAUGCAAGAGAGGAUCACUACCCUUGAGAAGCGCUGCCUCAGGGCACAGCAGGAAGCCACCUCUCUGCACGACCUCAAGGAUAAACUUGAAAACGAGAUCGCAAAGAAGGACUCUCUGCAUCGACAGACUGAGGCUCAAAACCGCCAGUUGCAAGAGCGCCUGGAGGUGGCGGAGCGGAAGCUGCAGCAGACCCCGAGGAAGGCCAAGUCGCUGCCCGAGGUGGAAGCCGAGCCGGCCCAGAGGGUGGCCACCCUCUGCAAGGCCGAGCAGAGGCGUGGCAACAUCGAGGAAAGGCUGCGCCAGAUGGAGGCCCAGCUGGAGGAAAAGAACCAAGAACUGCAGCGGGUAAGGCAGAGAGAAAAACUGAAGGACGAGACUAAUCAACGUCUCUCAGACACUAUCGACCAACUCCUUGACGACUCGGACCAGCGUCUGAAGCGUCAUCUGAAAGAGAGAAUGGCUGCCGUGGAAGAUAAGGAUUGCCUUCUACGGAAGAUGGAAGCACUGAGUGCUGUUUUAAAGCGGGCAAGACCGAGAGGCUCUUCGCUUCACCACGGGUAUGACAUUUCCCGGUUCACAGAUCUGUUUGAGAUGCGGCUGGGGGCGGCUUCCCUCUGUUACCAGUAUGACCCGAACCAGCUCAUGGUUCCAGAGUAG